GCAGCUUCGACUGUUUUAUUUUCUUAUUUAUUUAAUAAAGUAGAAUCGCUUAGUCGGAUUUGUGAAUUAAUAUUCCAUCAUCGGCAUCUUCAAUAAGGUCGCCUAAAUCACCUAACUCGCUGUGUUUUCCGAAGACUCAACCCGAUUUGAAAGCCUCAACGAGUAUUACAAAGAAGCAAGACUUAUCUACAUCAACAUCUUUCGAUCAUGGGAAUGCAACCGCGAGCCGGAUCGUCAUCGCAUACGAACGGCACUAAUGGAACCGACGGGGCAGAUGGAAUGAACGGAAAAAAUAGCGAAGCAAGCAAGCGAAAAACACCUCUAGACAUCGAAGAGAUCCUACGCAAAAAGAAAGAAGCGAACGAUGCUGCUGCCAAGCCAAGAUUCAUACCCAAGGCCGAGCGUGAGCGCUUGGCAGUAGAGAAAGAAAAGGAGGAGGAAGAGAGGCGAAGGCGGAAGGCCCAAGAAGAAGCACGGAGUAAAUCUAGCAACAGACCUACAUCCACGCGAGAACCCGAUAGAAGAUAUGGCGACCGCCGCGAUCGCGAUCGAGAUCACGCGCCAUUUGUUCCAACAGGGCCCAAGGCUAUGCGCCAAUCUGGCCAUGAUAGACGCGAUGCCAAUGAUCACGAAAAUGGCGAGGUCCGAGGGAAGUCAAGAGGUAAAAAGGGGGCAGUGGGAGAAAAACGACCAGCGCCAGAAGAAGCAGAAGCAGCCUCGAUAAGAGCACGAUACAUGGGUCCAGAAAUGAAUCAGUCAACAUUCUCGGCUAAGAAGAAACGAAGAAGGACGACGGAUAAGAAAUUCAAUUUUGAAUGGGAUGCAGAAGAGGACACGACCCAAGAUCACAACCCUAUCUACGCCGAGAGAGCAGAGCCAACCUUCUUUGGAAGAGGAAGGCUGGCCGGAUUUGGUGAUGACAUGACGGAAGAGAAUGCCAAGAAAUAUGCCAGAUCUCUUAUGGAGCGUGAUCCUGAGAAUGGUGCACAACGAGCGCAAGAAUUACUGGAUAUGAUGCAAAAGGCAAAGGAGAGGGCCAACCGCAACGGUUUAGGAAAACACUGGUCUGAGAAAAAGCUGGAGGACAUGCGCGAACGAGACUGGCGUAUCUUCAAGGAAGACUUCGGUAUAUCGACGAAGGGUGGGCUUAUUCCGAACCCAAUGCGGAAUUGGCAGGAAUCUGGUCUACCUCGACGGCUGCUAGAUAUUAUCAUCAAAGUUGGCUAUGACGAGCCAACUCCGGUCCAACGCGCGGCAAUCCCUAUUGCUCUCCAGGCACGAGAUCUGAUCGGUGUGGCUGUCACUGGUUCAGGAAAGACGGCCGCUUUCUUACUACCUCUGUUGGUCUACAUUUCAGAACUACCUCCUCUGACUGAGCUCACCAAGAACGACGGUCCUUACUCGCUCAUCAUAGCCCCGACUCGAGAGUUAGUCCAGCAGAUCGAGACGGAAGCUAAGAAGUUCGCAACUCCAUUAGGUUUUACAGUUGUCAGUCUUGUCGGUGGACAUUCGCUUGAAGAACAAGCAUUUGCGCUGCGAAAUGGUGCAGAGAUUAUUGUCGCUACACCUGGUCGUCUUGUCGACUGUAUCGAGCGACGUCUACUAGUACUAUCCCAGUGUUGUUACAUUAUCAUGGAUGAAGCAGAUCGUAUGAUCGAUAUGGGUUUCGAAGAGCCCGUAAAUAAAAUCUUAGACGCGCUUCCCGUCACCAACGAAAAGCCAGACACCGAUGCCGCCGAAAAUGCGCAGCUGAUGAGUAGGCACUUAGGUGGUAAAGAUCGAUACAGACAGACUAUGAUGUACACGGCCACUAUGCCUACAGCUGUCGAGAAAAUCGCUAAGAAAUAUCUGCGUCGUCCCGCCACAGUAACUAUCGGAAAUGCUGGAGAAGCUGUUGAUACAGUUGAGCAACGAGUUGAAUUUGUACCUGGAGAAGAUCGCCGCAAGAAGCGUUUGCAAGAGAUCCUAUCAUCUAACGACUUCGCACCGCCCAUCAUCGUCUUCGUCAACAUCAAGCGUAACUGUGAUGCUGUGGCUCGAGAAAUCAAGCACAUGGGCUUCUCAGCUGUCACACUUCAUGGUAGCAAGACCCAGGAACAACGAGAGCAGGCCCUGGCCUCGGUGCGCGGCGGCUCGACAGACGUUCUAGUAGCAACAGACUUGGCUGGUCGUGGUAUCGAUGUCCAGGACGUUUCCCUCGUCGUCAAUUUCAACAUGGCCAUGUCCAUCGAAAGCUACACACAUCGUAUCGGUCGUACGGGUCGUGCGGGAAAGAGCGGUGUUGCCAUCACGUUCUUAGGGAACGAAGACGCGGACGUCAUGUACGACUUACGGCAGAUGCUAUCGAAGAGCUCGAUAUCCAGGGUUCCGGAGGAGCUACGUCGGCACGAGGCGGCACAACAGAAGCCGACAAAGGGCCCAAAGAAGAUCGAGGAGAAGGGUUUCGGCGGAAAGGGGGGUGGAUGGGAUUAGGGGUCAGCCAAUACUUACACAUAAUCAAACCUAUUAUGAGAGUGAAUACAACUACGAUGGUUCUAUCUAGCUGAUUCUAAUUGCCUACUUAGGUUCCCAUGUCGCCAUUUGUUAUAUGAAGAGGAGCCUAGAAGAUUCCUAUGUCUUGAGAACGGUCUCGAGUUAAGGAUAAGUUUCUCA